CAGACGAGAGCAAUUUUCUCACGAUUCACAACAGAAAAUAGCAAAAAGCAAACGUAACCAUUUAUCCUGUAAAUAUAUUUAUUUUGUGUUAUCAUUCGUUAGUAGGCUGGGUUUCGAUUUCCCAAACUUACCAAAAAUCAGCGAUGAAAUGAACAUGUGAGAUUUUAUAAUAUGCAAAAAUUAUGGUUGAAGUAGAAGUAGAAUAUAAUUAUGAAGCUCAAGAGCCUGAUGAGUUGAACAUUAGAAAAGGUGAUAUAAUUAAGGAUGUGAGGAAAAAGUCAGAUGGCUGGUGUGAGGGUAUUCUUAAUGGUAAGCGAGGCGUCUUUCCUGAUAACUUUGUAAAAUUCCUCGAUAAAGAUGUGGUAAUAAGAACAAAAAAGGAAACUGAUAGGAAAUGUCGUGUCGUGUUCAGUUACAAGCAAGACCACGUGGAUGAACUUAGUCUUAACGUAGGUGACGUUAUUAGUGUAAUUGGUGAAGAUGAAGAAGGUUGGUGGAGAGGAAUUUUGAACGGAAAGGAAGGUGUGUUUCCUUCAAAUUUCGUGGAGGAAAUACGAGAAUUACCUCCUCCGCCUAGGCCAACCAAUAGGAACGAAUUAUUGAAACUGACUGAAGAAGCGCCUGCCUUGCCAGCUAAACCAGUUAAGGAAUUUUGUAAAGUGCACUUUGGAUACAAGGCGCAAAAGGAUGACGAGCUGACAUUGAAAGAAGGUGAUAUAGUCACAAUAAUUAGUAAAGAUGCCGAAGAUCAAGGAUGGUGGCGAGGUGAAUUGAAUGGAAAAAUAGGUGUUUUCCCUGAUAAUUUUGUAACACUUUUACUUAACAACGUACAGGAUAAGAAUCCAAGCCCUAAGCACGAAGCAAAACCUCCUGCCAAUACAAACAGUGCCAUCAAGCCCAGUUCCGUAGCCUCGCAACGGAAAUCCCUCGAAAUUAAGAAGACAGACGCUUCUAAAAGUAAUUCGCCACUGCCAGGAAAGAAACCUUCAGUUUCUAAAAAAUCGCCGUCUGGUUCCAGUGCCGGCGGUUUAUUUUCGAAAUUGAAAGAUAAAAUAGCGGAUGCCGUGGAUGGGGUUAGCAGUAGCAAAGUUAAGGAAGCCAAGGAAGUGAAGGAGAGUGAAAAGAAUGAUAUUGUGGCCGUUCCAGACACCAGUGCGUUUGAUCAAGUGGAUAGGCGGCCUCUGUUGGGUGAUGUCAGAGCAAGCAGAGCAAGGCCUCCAGGUCGUCGUCUGCCUAGUAGCGUCCAGCAUAAGGAAGAUGGAGACGAUUCCUUGCCUACGAUUCCGAAUGGCAACACCGCCGAUCACAGCGCCAAAUCUGAGGACAGUAUCAAAUCGGAGGCCAGCUUUAGUAGCGAGAACCUGGACAACUCCUCGUCCUCGGAACUGGACGCUAAUGAGUCGAAACCCCGGUUGCGGGAGUGGGAAAAACACAGAGCUCCCUGGCUGGAGGAGAUGAAAUUGAACCAAGCUAAAAGAACGUCUGUAUCGCCGGUACCGGACCCCAAACACAAAAUCUCACCGGAGAGUGACCAGGGGUCGAAGUCCAGUCAAAACUCGCCCUCAGAAAAGGAGGUUAAUAUAGUGGACAUGUCCAAGUCGAUGUCGGACAUCAAGAUGAGUCCUGGUGACGUCAAAGCGGUUGGAAAGACGGAUAAGGCACCUCCGUUACGUAGUAGCAAACCCUUAGCACCGUCUACUGUCAAACCUACACCUAUAAGCUCGCCCCCAUCUCUCAAAGAUCUCCAACCGCCCAAGAUCUCCAAACCGGCCGCCCCCCAGCCAAUACUGACACCCAAACCGAAGCAGGCACUGCCCGAAGCAGUAGCGGCACCUCCGCACGCCACUGGAGGGUACCUGGGUUACUCGUCCAGUUUCUCGCACUCUAGCGCCGCCUCUAAGGAUGCCCAGGUCACCCCUAAGCAGUUCCAAGAAGUUUUGGACCGCCUAGCUAGGGUGGAGAUGAAAUGCGAACUUCAGGAGAAGCAGAUAGAGGACCUGAAGAACAAACUGCAAGUAGAGACGGAAUUGAGGAGGCUUUUGCAGGAGAAAGUAACGCAGAACAGCGUGCAAGUUUGAACUGGUGUAUUUUUAUAGGUGUUUUUUUUCUAAUUAAUUUCUUAAUACCAUUCAAAGAUGGUAAUACUAAUUCUUUCUUUACAGGGUCAACUUUUUUGUUCGAUUUUUUUAUUCCAAUCUAAGCUGAUAAAGAAAUAUAAUUAGGCACGCUUUAAAAUUGCAUUUUUAUUUAUUUCAAUUUCAAUUCUUAAAUGCUCAAUUCUUUUUUAAAUAACAUAGUUUCUUGUUUAAGCAAUGUAGGGAAAAGAUUAAAUUCAAUGCCUGGUAUUAAUUGGAAUGCUAAAUUAUGUUUCUUUAUGGUUGUGUGCUAGACUUUUGAAUAAAAAGAUUAAGGAAGGGGUAUAAUGCUAUCCUAUGUAUUCAUGCAUGGUCGACGAAAAGAGGACUCUAGGGUGGGGAUCCUUGACAGUUCUGUUUGACGGUUCAUUUGACACAUUUGAAUUUGAUUUGAAAUUUCGUGGAUUUGUUAGUCUUUACUAAGCUUAUUUUAUGUUAUUUACUAUUUAUUCUACUACUGAUAGUUGUUUAAAGGUAGUAAAUCUAGAAGGAAAUUGUAGCAGAACUUAAAUUAACAGUGACACUAUUGCGAUUUAUCGAAAA